AUGGGCCUUGGGGUCCUUGUGCUCACUUUGCUUCUCAGCCUCCUCAGGCUGGGGUCAGGCCAGUGGCAGGUGAUGGGACCAGACAAGCCCGUCCAGGUUGUGGUUGGGGAGGACGCAGUGUUCUCAUGCUUCCUCUCUCCUAAGACAAGUGCAGAGGCCAUGGAAGUGUGGUUCUUCAGAGAUGAGUUCCGUGCUGUGGUGCACCUCUACAGAGAGGGGAAAGACGAGCUCCAUAUGCAGAUGCCGGCCUAUCGAGGGAGGACUGAAUUACUGAAGGACUCCAUAGCGGAGGGGCGUGUCUCCCUGAGGCUGAAGAAUGUCACUCUCUCAGACACUGCUACCUAUGGAUGCUGGUUCAGUUCCCAGACUUUUGACCAUGGGGCCACGUGGAAGCUACAGGUGUCAGCGUUGGGCACAGCUCCUCUAGUUUCUAUCAUGGGAUAUGUUGGUGGAGGCAUCCAGCUACUCUGCAAGUCCUCAGGCUGGUUUCCUCAGCCCACAGUGAAGUGGAAAGACCCACAAGGACAUGAUUUGCCCUCAGACUCAAAGGUGAAUGCAGACAGACAUGGCCUGUUUGAUGUGGAGACUUCCCUGAUAGUCCAGGAAAAUGCUGGGAACAUAUCGUGUUCUAUCCAGUACCCUGACCAGAGCGGGGAAGUGGAAUCCAGGGUAUGGAUAAGAGAGACUUUUUUCCAGUUCUCACCCUAUCGCCUGGCCUCCAUUUCACUGGGAGUACUCUGCUGUGUCCUGGGUGUUGCAGUUGUAGGGUUGAUUUUGACAAGCACAAUUUUUCAGUGGAAAACCCAGGCAGAAUUGGACUGGAGAAGGAAGCAUGCAUUGGCAGAACUGAGAGAGGCCCAGAAGCAUGCAGUGGAGGUGACUCUGGACCCAGAGACGGCUCACCCCCAGCUCCACAUUUCUGAUCUGAAAAGUGUGCGCUAUAGGAGCAUUCACCAGAAGGUGACCAAUUCGGACAAGAGAUUUACAAGGAAGUGUGUGGUGGCUUCUCAGGGAUUCCAGGCAGGAAAACAUUACUGGGAGGUGGACGUGGGACACAAUCUAAUGUGGAAUUUGGGAGUAUGCCGGGACGACGUGAAUAGGAAUGUGACAUGUGAGACUUUGUGUCCCUACUAUGGGUAUUGGCUGCUUGGACUGGAUAGUGAACAUUGCUAUCUCACAUUUAACCCUUAUAGAAUCAUCCUCUCUCCAAGAACAAGCCCUACACGAGUGGGAGUCUUCCUAGACUAUGAGGGUGGGACCGUCUCCUUUUUCAAUGUAAAUGAUCAGACCUUCAUUUAUACCAUGACACAUCAGUUUGAAGGGUUAUUGAGGCCCUACAUAGAGCAUUAUGUGAGUGAUGAGAGAAAUGUGACUCCCAUUGUGAUCUGCCCAGUUUCCCCAGGAUCAGAAGAAGAAGCACUUUCUGACACAGACAACCUGGAGCCCACCCCACAGGUGACCACACCCUUCCUGUCCUGUCUCCUCCGGCUGGGGUCAGGCCAGUGGCAGGUGAUGGGACCAGACAAGCCCGUCCAGGUUGUGGUUGGGGAGGACGCAGUGUUCUCGUGCUUCCUCUCUCCUAAGACAAGUGCAGAGGCCAUGGAAGUGCGGUUCUUCAGAGAUGGGUUCCAUGGUGUGGUGCACCUCUACAGAGAGGGGAAAGACCAACACCAUAGGCAGAUUCCAGCCUAUCGAGGGAGAACUGAAUUACUGAAGGACUCCAUAGCAGAGGGGCGUGUCUCCCUGAGGCUGAAGAAGGUCACUCUCUCAGACACUGGUCUCUAUGGAUGCUGGUUCAGAUCCCAGGAUAAUGACCAGGAGGCCAUCUGGGAGCUGCAGGUGUCAGCAUUGGGCUCAGCUCCUCUGGUUUCUAUCAUGGGAUAUGUGGAUGGAGGCAUCCAACUACUCUGCAAGUCCUCAGGCUGGUUUCACCAACCCACAGUGAAGUGGAAAGACCCACAAGGACAUGAUUUGCCCUCACACUCAAAGGUGAAUGCAGACAGACGUGGCCUGUUUGAUGUGGAGACUUCCCUUAUAAUUCAAGAAAAUGCUGGGAGCAUAUUAUGUUCUAUCCAAUACUCUGACCAGAGUCCAGAGACGGAAUCCAGGGUAUGGAUAAGAGGGAAAGUCCAGGCAGAAUUGGACUGGAGAAGGGAGCAUGGAGCUGCAG